UGCCUCCUAAGGUUAUCCCGUUACAGGGUUACGGCGUCUGAUACCUUCUAGGCUCUAUUAUGCGCGGAGCCAGUCAUGUCUAUCCCUCCAACAUAUAAAACGGUGCUAUCGCACCUUGAUCAAGUCUUAAGUGACCCAUCUGUGCCUCUGGAUGCCCCCGCCAUCGAGAAAUUGAAGGCCGAGUUUACUCAGAACACUGACCGCCAGGCGGCUGCGACCUUGCUCACACGGAUAUCACAGCUCCUACCUGUUCUUCAGGAAGAUCCUACUCCGCUGACAACUUUGGGAAUAAAAGCUACAGAAUACUUUUCCUUCUCUGAUGUCCGUUCGGUUGAUCCUCCCGUUAACUUGAUCGCGGGGAUCAAGGCGCCUUCUCCGCCGGUCAAUCUUCUCGCACUCUCUCUACUGGGAAAGGCCGGGAGAACGCCGAGUGAUGCAGCAAUAGUAGCUGGAAAUUCCGAGCUAGUCUCAGCUCUCGUGGAGCUCUGGCUGUCCACAUCCGCAACUGCCGUCUCUCAGGCGGCCUUCGAUGUUUUAUGGUCUCUGCUUGAGGUGGAUCAUGCUAGCCAGCUGGAAGAUGGUGAUCAACAGAAUAAGAGAGAAGAAGUUGCUGCUGCUGGCCAGGGUCUUAUGUGGCGCAGAGUAUUUGGGGAUAAGGACGUCUAUGGACUUUUCUUCUCAAUAUGCGGCCUCGCAGAUGCCCUGCAACCAGGCCAGCUGACUAAACGAGAAAGGACAGUGGCACAAGGCAGGCUAAUGGACUUUAUCGUGAAAGCAGCCUUAUUGCGAUGGGAUGCAGUGUCAGAAUCGCAUAUAGCAGACAUCGAAGCCAAAUACAAAAGUUCGAGUCUCUUGCAUUUCGCGGCCUGCCGGAUGGUUGAUACAGGGGAUGUCUUGAUGCAUAUGACUUUGCUGAACUUUUACCGUGAACUUCUCCAAGUCAAUGCUCCAGGUCUUGAGGCUAGGAACUAUCUCAGUUCAACGUCAACUGUUUCAUCACCUGCACUUGAUUUCCUCGAGGCGAACGGGCUGCAUUCUACGUUGCUGGGGUACUAUUUGAGUGACGGAUCGCAGCUGGAAAUUACCGACCUCUUGUAUCUUUCCAGUCCCAUUAUGGCAUAUGUUGCACAGUAUGCACAGAUGUAUCCAAACCAUCUAUUGCAGAACUCUCAGGAGACUCUAGAUAAGAUUCUAGAGAAGAUCAACCGGUCUUUCUCAAUCUCAUCGGCAGAAUGGGCUCAUGGGACCGUCCCCACGGGAGAUCUUAUUAUACUAUCCUGUUUGCCUAGAGUGAUGCUUGUGGAAGCAGGACGAAGAUCUCUAAACCCGCUCUCGGCGCUUCCAACGAAUCCACCGAACAAGGAGUGCUACGAGGCCCUGGCACGAAUCUUCCAAGGGCCACCGAAGCCUCAGCAACCGCAAUCGGUAGAUCUGAGUAACCCGAGCGUGACUCCCACUAACUGGCAAAAAGAGGCUGCGGCAGCUCGAGUGCUUUACUUCACAUAUUUGAAUAGUCACACUAAUAUGUGGACCGAUGCCACAACAGCCGCUGAUAUCGUUGCCAUGCCGGACGUCGCUUUGGCUGCCCUUUCCCUUAUGAAGGCCGUGAUCACAGCGAACUGGCAGCCCCUGUCACAACAGGCCGAUAGUGGAUCAACUAGCUGUCGCUUUCGAUUGCCAACAGAGGACGAGCUGGGCAGGUUGUCUCCCUCUUCGCAAGGAAUACUCCCUUUGACAGGGUUCUGGGCAGUGCUCACUCCACCGGCCUUGACUUCAGUGCUGCCGUAUCUCUUCAAACCGCCACGGUCGUAUGCAAAUUUUGUUGGAGGGGGCAGAGGAGAUACAGAGAGUGCAGUUUGGAGGAUUGCCACAGCAAAGUAUGACGUCCUGGUGUCUCUACACAGUGCUCUCAAGGAGAACAGAGGCCAGAUGGAGGGAUUCGAUGAUGUCGUCCGCACACUUGCACAGCGGGUGGCAGAGGGUCCAGGGGGUCCUAUAUCACAGGCAGGGAGCAGGGUAGAUGCUCUGGAGCUGUAGACUAGAUUCUAAUGAUGACAUAGAGAAUGUUAGAAUGAUGUACGAUCUUGUUCAGAAAUCAAUACCGCCACGAUCAGUAGGUUAUCAAUUCUUAGACUAGACAUGACAUCCUAUGGAUAAUAUGGAAGGAUCUCAACAUAAAUCCUGACGGUACAACUAACUACCUAUUAUGCGCUUUCAAAACAGUUGCAGAUCAAUGCUGCUAAAACAUGCAUCGCUGAUCGACGCGGGGUAGCUCUUAGGUUUUUCGCGCAGAAGCCCUAUUUUCCCCUUCCGGCAAGAAGUCAAAGGCGGUGAAAUGAAAGCUGCGGGCAACUGUUGAUGAAAUCGCCGGAACUUUUUUCUCCGUAGUGUCAAACUGCA